CUUGCUUGCGUUUGUGGCUAGUAGUAAUUGCCUCAUUGGCUCAUCAAGCAUAAGCUCGACGAGGCAGAAAGCUGUAAAUGGGGAGGCAACCCUGCUGCGACAAGGUGGGGCUGAAGAAGGGGCCAUGGACGGCAGAGGAGGACCAGAAGCUCGUCAGCUUCCUCCUCAACAACGGCCAGUGCUGCUGGCGCGCCGUGCCCAAGCUCGCCGGAUUGCUGCGUUGCGGGAAGAGCUGCAGGCUGCGGUGGACCAACUACCUGCGCCCGGACCUGAAGCGCGGGCUGCUGUCGCCGGAGGAGGAGAAGACGGUGAUCGACCUGCACGCGGAGCUCGGCAACCGGUGGUCGAAGAUCGCGUCGCAGCUGCCUGGGAGGACGGACAACGAGAUUAAGAACCACUGGAACACCCACAUCAAGGAGAAGCUCAGGAAGAUGGGCAUCGACCCCGCCACCCACAAGCCCCUCCAGUCUGCUCCUCCUCCUCCUCAGGACCCAACCGGCUCGCCGGAGGAGAAGGCCGUGUCAGGCGCCGGACCCGGGCACGAGGUGCCCGUGGUGAACCUCCUGGACGACAUCGACAUCAGCACGGCCUAUUCGCCCGAGCCUUUGUCUUCCUCCUCCUCCUCCUCCUCGUCGUCAUCCUACUACUACUCCUCGGCAACAGCUUCUAGUGGCGGCAGUAGCAUCGUCGAUGGCGAGUGGCCGGAGUGGCCACAGAUGGUGGAAUGGCCGGAGUCGAUUUGGCUGGAUGACGUGGUGACGACGGGCCCGACAUCGUGGGAGUUCGAGGAUCCCUUCAUCACGUACCAGAGCAUCGAGUUAUUCAGUCACCAGGACACAUGGUGACAGUGGAAACCAUCGGGCCGGGCAAACCCAUCAAAAUCGAAGAGGUGACCAUCCCUUUCAUCGACCUGCGCCAGAGGCCAAGGGCCAGAGGCAAGAGCGCUGUAUCCGCCGUGGUUAGGGGCCUUGCAUUGGCCGGGGACCUGCUGGUGGCGGCGUCGCCCGCUGAUGUGACAUUCGGUGAGACUGAGAGGAAGGAAUCCUCGGUGGCCGCGAUAUCAAUCAAAGCUUAGACUAAGCACAGCAGACAUGGACAAUGGGAAAUGGCACGAGAGAAUUUUGGCAAUUUAAAAGUUGCAUCAUCCGUAUAUGACGAUUGUAAAAAAAAAGUCUUUAUGUAGUUAAGAAAUAUUAUUGCA